ACAAAUCAUAUCCGAAUAAGCUAUUAUUACAGACAGAACCUAUAGAAUACAAUGAGACUCCUGGCGAAUCAUGUCCAGAUGAGUCAUUAUCACAGACAGAACCUGUAGAAUGCAAUGGGACUCCUGCAAAUACCAA